AUGGCGCAGGAAUACAAACUCAAGGACAUCUCGUCCCUAGCGGACAUCAAGAACAUGGACAAGGUCGAGUCCGAGGUUGAGGGCGUGGAGGGUGGGAAGGUCCUGGUGCUGCGUUUCAAUGGCCAGGUGCAUGCGAUGAGCCCCAAAUGUACUCAUUACGGGGCUCCCCUGAAGCUGGGCGUCGUUGCGCCUGAUGGUCGAAUCACCUGUCCGUGGCAUGGCGCCUGUUUCAAUAUUGGGAGCGGUGAUGUGGAAGAUGCGCCUGCUCCCAACGCAUUGAACAAGUUCGAGCUUGUGGAGAAGAACGGUGCGGUCUAUAUCAAGGGCGAGGAGGCUGCGAUCAAAUCUGGACAGAGGGAUCCGGUCUUUAAAUGCAGCCCUUCCACUGGGGAGAAGGUGGUCGUGGUUGGCGGUGGAAGCGGAACGCUCGGGCUCAUUCAGGCCCUCCGUGAACUGAAGUAUAAGGGAGGGGUCACCAUUAUCUCCAAAGAACCAAAUCUCAUCAUUGACAGGACAAAGUUGUCCAAGGCACUCAUUCCCGAUGCCGAGAAGAUCCAGUGGCGCCCUAAGGAGUGGUACGAGGCCGCUUCCAUCGAGACCAUCUUUGAUGAAGUGACCUCCGUCGAUUUCAGCAGCAAGUCCGUCUCCACCAAGUCCGGCAAGUCCAUCCCGUACACCAAGUUGGUUCUUGCUACCGGUGGCGUGCCGCGUACACUGCCCAUGAAAGGCUUCAAUGACCUUGGAAACAUCUUCCUGCUGCGCUUCGUGACCGAUGUGCAGAACAUCCUCAAGGCGGUUGGCGACAAGAACAAGAAGAUUGUCAUUGUGGGGAGCUCGUUCAUCGGUAUGGAAGUUGGCAACGCCCUCUCCAAGGAGAACGAGGUGACCAUCGUCGGCCAAGAAGAAGCCCCCAUGGAGCGCAUCAUGGGCGUCGAAGUCGGCCGCAUCUUCCAGCGCAACCUGGAGAAGAACGGCGUCAAGUUCAAGAUGGCCACCGGCGUCGAAAAGGCAACCCCGUCAACGGCCGAUCCCACCAAAGUCGGCGCCGUCCACCUCAAAGACGGCACUGUGCUGCCGGCGGAUCUGGUCAUCCUGGGCGUAGGCGUCCGCCCCGCCACCGAUUUCCUGCGAGACAACCCAGCAGUCCAGCUCGAGAAGGACGGCUCCCUCAAGACGGACGAGUACUUUGCCGUCCCCGGCCUGAACAAUGACGUCUUCGCCAUCGGCGACAUCGCCACGUACCCAUAUCGCGGACCCGGCGCAGACCCGGUCAACGGCACCGCCACCCGCAUCGAGCACUGGAACGUCGCACAGAAUGCAGGCCGCGGCGUCGGCCGCGCGAUUGUCCACGCCCUCAACACCGGCUCGCUGCAGUCCCUGCGCCCCAAGGCGUUCAUCCCCAUCUUCUGGUCCGCCUUGGGUGCGCAGCUGCGCUACUGCGGGAAUGCCCCCACUGGCUGGGAUGCACUGGUACUCAAGGGCGAGCCGGACAAUGCCAAGUUCGCCGCGUACUACUGCAAGGGCGAGACCGUGGUGGCGGUCGCGACGAUGGGCAUGGAUCCCAUUAUGUCCAAGUGCGCCGAGUUGAUGCGGCGGGGCAACAUGCCAUCCAAGUCGCAGAUUGAGGGUGGGGUGGAUGUGUUGGCGGUUGACGUGCCGCAGGAGGUGACGAUGUAA